AUGAAGUAUAAAAGGCAUCUUCUUCCGCCGUUCAACAGGACAUUUCUUCUCAUCAUCACACCGCACCUUCACUACAGGAUAGUUAGCCGCUUCUUCUCUCAACUUUUCAGUCUACAGUUUUACCACUCUUCAAAUUACCAGCUUUUCAAACACCUCACCAUCAAAAUGAAGUUCUCUGCUACCACCGUGGCUCUUACCGCCUUCUUCGGCACUUCUAUCGCCAACCCUGUGAAGCGCGAUGUUGAGGAGCGCCAGCUGCCUCUGAAGUUGAUUGACCCCCUUAAGGGUGUUGCUAAUGCUGGUGCACUCGGCUUCGCUCUCCCGCCGAUUCCAGCGUUCACCGGACCCGAUGCCCUUUCUCUUCCUCUUCCACCCAACCAAGCUGUGGAUGCUGCAAAGGCUCUUACCACCAGCCUUCUCACUUCCGCUCUGAACCUUGGCAAUGGUAUUCCCGGCGCCGACUUUGCCUUGACUGGCCUCUCAGGUCUCCCGGGUAUUGGGCCUAUUACCUCUACCAUAGGUGCUGGUAGCCUCAACGCCGUUCAGGGUGAUCUUCUGACUCUUGCUAUUCUUAAUAUCCUUGGCAACCACACUGCUCUGCUGAACAACCUGGGCCCUACCAGCCUUCUGAACAUCCUUCCCGGCCUUAAGAGCAACCAGCUUCUCGACAUCCAGAAACUUACAAACGGUGCUCUGACCAACGUGAACCCCCUCACCAAGGUUGGUGGUAUUUUGGAACUCCUUGGUAACCUCGGCGGUCAAAGCACUGGUGGCAUUGGCAUUGCCAACCUUGAAGGCCUCCGAGACCUGGUUUCCACCCUCACCGGCCUUCUCACACUCCUCACCAGCACCCUCAAGACUCUCUUCAACAUCAUUGCCCAGAUCACUGGCGGUCUUCCCGGCGGCAUUGGCGGUAUUGGCAUCGGCAACUAA